AUGAAAUUGGAAUCGGCUUUCCCGUCAAUCCAUCUUCAAUCGACACUUGUCGGAAAUCACAUCAAUGAGUUGUUGAGAUAUGCGGAAGUGCAGGGUCGUGUCGUGAUCAUCACUCUCUUUGCCUCACUAUGCACCGUGCUUCCCGUCGGAUAUAAUAUGGUGGUGCUCAAUGUGCCCGAAAAGAGCAUACAACAAGCACUAAACGAGAGUUUCAUCGAGACAUUGGGAGUGGUUCUCGACAUGAAAGGAUUGAGCAUCUUUUGGUCGAUCACCGUCGCCGCGCAGAGCAUUGGGGCACUCAUCGGUUGUGCUCUCGUCAUCCCACUCGAUCGACAUUUCGGCGCGAAAACGUGUCUCCUCUCCGUGGCCUCAUCCUGUCUCUUAUUGGGUUCUUUCGUGAUGGCGUGUGCUCAAUGGCUAUCCUUUCCACCGGCUUUAUUACUCGGUCGAAUCCUAAGCGGCAUUCACACAGGCCUCGUCUGUGCUUUUGUACCGUUGUUCAUCCAAGAAGUUGUCCCACAAAAGAUUAAGGGUUCCCUUUCUUGUUCAAUUCAUAUCGGUGUUUGUGUGGGCUCUGCAGUCGCGGCCCUCCUCUCCCUUCCAUUCAUGCUCGGUUCUCCGUCAACUUGGGGACUCCUCCUGCUUUUUCCGGCUAUAUUUGGUCUUGUCGCGCUGAUUUCUUCAUUUUUCAUGCCAGAGACUCCGAAUCGUCUCCUCCACGCCGGCUCCUAUACAGCAGCCGUCGAUUCGAUCAAAUUUUAUUACGAUCUCGACGUUGACGACGGUGAAGUGGCAAUUCAGGAGUACUGGAGUCUCGUUCCAGAAACGCCAGAUCAAAUGCCUUUAUGGACAGCACUGAGUACUCCAUCAAUCGCCAAGGGGAUUCUUCUUGGCGGAGUCGUCAGUGCGACACAGAUAUUUUCCGGCAGCAUGGCCACAAUCUCAUACUCGACAAGCAUGUUCACAGCGGUUUCUUUCAUCGAUGCAUUGAUCCCUUUUCUCCCAGCUCUCGGCAGUAUCAUUUCGAUUAUUCUCACUCUUCCCUCAUUGCAAUUGGUCGAGUCUCAUGGUCGUCGUCCGCUUCUCCUCAAAACUUUGGUUCUAUGUUUGAUCUCAGACGUGCUUUUUCUUAUUUUUUCGUUGCUCGCCGUGAAUCCAGAAGAUUGGUGGGCUUCAUGGCUAUUCGCUGCCACUUUUCUCCUCUAUGGCAUCGGAUACAAUCUGGGCACUGGACCAGUGGCCUAUUUUUUGGCGGCUGAACUCGUUCCACCCGAAGCCUCAACCGCUUCAUUGGGAGUGGCGGUGGCUGUGAAUUGGGCGAGUUCUUCGCUCACAACUCUCGCUUUUUAUCCGCUCAAUCAAUCAAUUGGUGGAUGGAGUUAUAUGAUAUUUAUUGUGCCCAGUACCUUUUUCUUGGCGUUUCUUUGGCGAUUUUUACCCGAAACUCGGCACAAUUACACCGUGAAACCAAAUGAGGCUUCGAACUUUUGCGAGGUUGCCUCAACUCCAUACGGGACUUUUGAAGAAAGACUUCUAGCUGACUUGGUUGAU